AUGUGGGUCUUUUUUCUUUGUCCACAUCCACAUCCACAUCCACACCCUGCUCCUCUUCAAAAGAUUCGUGGUUUAACACGUGAUGCAACAAGUGAAAAAGCUCAGGCAGUAAAACGUUUGAGUGAUCAUGUCGAGAUGGUCUCAUAUAAUAUCAGCAACAGGGAUAAUGUUCAACAGGCAUUUAAAGAUUCAUGGCCUAUCUUCGCUUUAACAGACUUUUGGGCACAACCUGAUCAACCUGAGGUUGAAAUUCAACAGGACGAUCCCGACAAAUAUGUUGGUCAAGAUAUUUGCAUUUGUGGUGAAGCUAUUCAAUUUGGCGAUAUUUCAAAGGUUUUCACCAAAGUUACUGAUGUUCCAGCUAUAGCAGAAACAUUGACGGAAGAAGAAUUUCGAUCGGGAACUCUGUACUUGCCGAAACCUGUACAAAAUGAAAUAAUUGCUAUGUUUCAAUGGUCUGAAGAAUACGGCUAUUAUGGCAAAGAUAAAGAUUGGACAUCUGGACAAAGGUUAACAGCAUUAAAUACAUUCGAGCAAUGGCUAAAAAAAAUUGGUUGGAAAGGUUAA